GGCCGCCCCUCUGCAGCGCGCUGCGGGCAGGACGCCUGCGCCGUGCGGGGGGGCGGGCGCCGCAUCCCAGCGCUCGGAGCUGCGGGCGCCGGCAUGAGCGGAGGCUUCGCCGCGCCCAGCCGGACCUGAGCCGGGAGACAAAGGGGAGAAGCUGCCGCCAUGGGCGAGCAGCUCCGCGCCCAGCCCGCCGCCCCGGCGGGGCCGCCGCCCGCCGCCGCCUCCUGCUCGGUGCUCGGCGGGCUGCUGCAGAACGGCUUCCACCCCUCGGGCCCGCCGCUCAGCAACGGCGGCUGCGGGGAGCCGCCGCACCCGCUGCUGCUACGCCCGGAGCUGCCGCCGCUCAGCCACGGCUCCCCGGCCAAGAAAUGCAGGCUGCGCCGGAGGGUGGACUCGGGCCGGCGGCACAGGCCACCAUUCCCAUGGUUUGGGAUGGAUAUCGGUGGAACGUUGGUUAAACUGGUCUACUUUGAACCUAAGGACAUUACUGCAGAGGAGGAGCAGGAGGAGGUGGAAAACCUGAAAAGCAUUAGGAAAUACUUGACCUCCAAUACAGCCUAUGGUAAAACUGGCAUUCGCGAUGUCCACCUGGAACUGAAAAAUUUGACUAUGUGUGGACGCAAAGGAAACCUGCACUUCAUCCGCUUUCCCAGCUGCGCCAUGCACAGGUUCAUACAGAUGGGUAGUGAAAAGAACUUCUCCAGUUUGCACACUACGCUCUGUGCCACGGGAGGUGGCGCUUACAAGUUUGAGGAAGACUUUAGAACGAUGGCUGAUCUACAGCUCUAUAAACUGGAUGAAUUGGACUGUUUGAUCCAGGGCCUCCUUUAUGUUGAUUCUGUUGGUUUCAAUGGCCAACCAGAGUGCUAUUAUUUUGAAAAUCCUACAGAUCCUGAACAGUGCCAGAAAAAGCCUUACUGCCUUGAUAAUCCGUAUCCUAUGCUGCUCGUUAACAUAGGCUCAGGGGUCAGCAUCCUAGCUGUGUAUUCUAAGGACAAUUACAAAAGAGUUACAGGAUCCAGCCUUGGAGGAGGAACGUUCCUGGGCCUGUGCUGUUUACUCACUGGCUGCGAGACGUUUGAAGAAGCGCUGGAAAUGGCAGCGAAAGGAGACAGCACCAAUGUGGAUAAGCUGGUGAAGGAUAUUUAUGGAGGAGACUACGAGCGCUUUGGCCUUCAAGGAUCUGCGGUAGCGUCCAGCUUUGGUCAUAUGAUGAGUAAAGAAAAGAGAGAUUCCAUCAGUAAAGAGGACUUGGCCAGAGCUACUUUGGUCACCAUCACCAACAACAUAGGUUCUAUUGCUCGCAUGUGUGCAUUGAAUGAGAAUAUCGAUAAGGUGGUGUUUGUUGGCAACUUUCUCAGAAUUAAUAUGAUUUCUAUGAAGGUGCUAGCAUAUGCUAUGGAUUAUUGGUCCAAGGGACAGCUAAAAGCUCUGUUUUUGGAACAUGAGGGUUAUUUUGGAGCUGUUGGGGCUCUUCUAGAAAUGCUUAAAAUGACAGAUGAUCAGUGAUGAACCUGUCUGAAGAGAUUCCUACUGCAGAUGCUGCUGGGUAAGAGUGAAAGCCACUACAAGGAUGGAAAUGAAGCCAUUAUGGUAGUUCUACCUGCUGGAUUUGUAAAUAAUUUAAAAUCCUUUUAGCUGAUCUUUAAUUUCUGAGUUUUGACCUUAUACUUCAGAAUUCAUACUGGGAAUUACAAGAUUUUUUUUCUGUACACUGUAUUUUAUAGGGGGAAAAUGUGCAAAGUGGCCAAACAUACAGAUUUUAUGGAUUUAUUUUAAAAAAUGGAUACUGUUUAAUAUAGGACCUGUGAUACGAGGCAUCUGCUUUUCUUCUGGGGUUUACUGAUUCGUGUGGUAAUUUUAACUUCAUUUAGUAAUCACUCUAGGAGAUUUUUUUAAUCUUAUUUUCAUGACGUUUCAUGAUUUGUUCUUGGUUUCAAAUGAAACUACAAAGCUGAUGCAUUUUACUGUGAAGACUAGUCAUUGAUUUUCUUGCCUUUCCUUUCCUCAUUAGAUGAGAUACUUUAACAUCUCUCUGCCCACUCCCCCCCAAAAAAUUUUGCAAAUCAUUCUGUGGCUAAAUGCAUUUCUUCAAAGGACUGUGAGGAAGCUUCGUAAUAGCAGGGGGUUUAAGAUUGUAAUUUUUCGGUGGUUAUGAAUUACAACAGGAUGAGACUGCCAACUGGUUCUGCAGGGCUGAUUCUUCUUUAUAAUAAAAAAUUUUAAAGAGGUUGUGAGCUAAAAUUUUAAUUAUUCAGUUGACACUAGAAUGAGAAUCUGUUUCUGAAUAAAACCUCUGAUCAACAUGAAGAGUUCUAUAGUAAAGAUGUUAUUCACACUUGGUAUUAGAUGGGAAAGGGAGAUUAUCUUCAGUUAUUUUUCUGUAGUCUGCAAGUUUUAACUUGUUCUUAAUUGAAAACAACUGAUAACAACAUUUUUAAAAGCCUAAUUACUAAAAUUAGAAAAAUACUGACUAAAGUAUUUUCUGCUUUUAAACCAGUGUUAACUUCCUCUCCAGGACACUAAAAUUUGAGUGUUUAUUCCAAGACAGUAUUUUCUACCUUUUCGGACUUGUGAACCUCUCUAGAUUUGUUUGCCCAAGUUGAAUUGAGAUCCCUUUGAAAUCCAUGUACUUAGGUUGCUGCAGAGCUUGUAUAAACUUGGUCUCCUCAGACACCUUGAGGGCUCACAAAUGAGAGGCUGAAAAACAGUUCAUAAAUUAUUUUGUCCUUGCAAUAUAAUGUAAAUGACUCCUCAGAGGGACAGUAUAAAAUUCAGUAUAUUUUUGGAAGGGGGUAUAUUUCACUUUUUUAAGUCAUUAACUGACAUAUCUCCCAAAUGUUGAAAGAUGGUAAUAUUAACUGAAGUGUUAACUUGUGUGAUGGAAAUAAAGACCACUACUGUUUUGACAGUUUUAAUGUA